GAAAUCCGCGGGAAGUAGCUUUUUGGCGCCAUGGCGCAGAGUCGUGUUACCGAUUUCUAUGCGUGCCGUCGUCCGGGCCUUGCGGUUCCGCGAGCCAAGUCGACCUGUCUCACCCCGAGCCCUGGUGGGCUCGUGGCACCUGAGUUCACCCGGAGCAGCAGCCGCAAGCGCGCCCGGCCCCACGCCGAACCCGGGAGCGACCAGCCCGCGCCGCCCGCGCGCCGGAGGCUACGGCUACCUGGAUUGGAUUCUUGUCCCAGUUUCCCAGCUGAUGCCAGCUCCCCAGCUGACCCCAGCCCCCCAGCUGACCCCAGCUCUCCAACUGACCCCAGCUCCUCCGUUUGCCCAUCCCCCGUCAAGAGAACAAAGAGUACUACAGUUUCUAGAGGUCCACAGCAGAGCAAGGUCCCCUCCCAGGACUCCAUCUCCGAGCUCCAGUCCUGCCUGAGGCGGGCACGUGAGUUGGGAGCCCAGGCACGGGCCCUGAGAGCGAGAGUCCAAGAGAAUGUUGUGGAGCCUUCUACCCCAGAUGCCAAGGAGCCUACAGAGCAACCAUGUGUCGACAAAGCUCCUGCCUACCAGCGCUUCCAUGCCCUGGCCCAGCCUGGCCUCCCCGGCCUUGUCCUACCGUACAAGUAUCAGGUGCUGGCCGAGAUGUUCCGCAGCAUGGACACCAUCGUGAGCAUGCUUCACAACCGCUCUGAGACCGUCACCUUUGCUAAAGUCAAGCAAGGUGUUCAGGAGAUGAUACGCAAGCGCUUUGAAGAGCACAAUAUGGGCCAGAUCAAAACCGUGUACCCCGAGUCGUAUUCCUUCCGCCAGGAGUGCAACGUCCCCACCUUCAAGGACAGCAUCAAGAGAUCUGAUUACCAACUCACCAUCGAGCCCUUGCUGGGCCAGGAGGCUGAUGGUGCCACCCAGCUCACAGCCACAGGCCUCCUGCAGCGCCGGCAAGUCUUCCGGCAGAACCUGGUGGAACGCGUCAAGGAGCAUCACAAGGUUUUCCUGGCGUCCUUAAACCCCCCCAUGACGGUGCCCGAAGACCAGCUGACACGCUGGCACCCGCGUUUCAAUGUGGAUGAGGUGCCUGAUAUCGAACCGGCCGAAUUGCCCCAGCCUCCCGUGACAGAGAAGCUCACCACUGCCCAGGAAGUGUUGGCCCGUGCCCGGAACUUGAUGACGCCCAAGAUGGAGAAGGCCUUGAGUAACCUGGCCCUGCGCUCAGCUGAGCCUGGUAGCCCUGGGACCUCUAGUCCAGCCCUCCCAGCCACUCCACCAGCCACCCCGCCCGCUGCCUCUCCUAGUGCCCUGAAGGGUGUGUCGCAAGCACUGCUGGAGCGGAUAAGAGCCAAGGAGGUCCAGAAGCAGUUGGCACGGAUGACAAGGUGCCCCGAGAAGGAGCUUCGGCUGCAGCGGUUAGAACGUUUGCCAGAGCUGGCCCGUGUGCUGCGCGGUGUCUUCGUGUCUGAGCGGAAGCCGGCGCUCACCAUGGAAGUGGUCUGUGCACGGAUGGUAGACAGUUCCCGAGCCGCCCUGAGCCCAGGGGAGAUGGAGAAACACCUGUUGCUCCUGGCCGAGUUGCUGCCAGACUGGCUCAGCCUGCACCGCGUUCGCACCGAUACCUACGUCAAGCUGGACAAAGCCGCUGACCUGGCUGGCCUCACCGCGAAGCUGGCCCGCCAGGUCCACGCCGAGGGGCUGUGACUUUGAAUUCCUUGCCUGAUAGACAACGCACUUAAGCUUCCCUGUCUGCAUCACGGGUCCAAGGAGGGCCUGUCGCCCAGUACGGGCAGCUACGGUGCCCGUGGAUCUCAAAGUGCUGGUGUUGCAGGGGUUCCUGGGGCCUUGGGGUACCCCAGACUCAGCUAUAGGGGACGUAGACUCUGGAGAGUAGGGAAUGUUGAAUGCCCUUUCCACAAACUGCUCAAGUACUCAUAAGGGCCAGAUGGAAGGUGAGGCCAGCAUAGCCUCGCCUCUCCGUGCUUGGGAAAGCUGCGAGAGCUCAGAGCCUUAAGAGUUGCACAGAACUUGGACCUCUGGCCUGAUUUCGCAGGACGGUGGUGAUCUGAGAGUGAAAUUGGACCUUCUGUAAACAUGUAGAGUUUGGUUUCUUUUUAAACCUUCUAUACUUACACGGCCCUGCAUGUGACUGCUAGUUUUGGCUUUUUAAUAAAGUCAUGUAAGAUUUAAAUAAAAUACUACUUAGUGAGAUUAAACUGAAUCUGUCACCAUAAAA